AUCUCCUGUUGUUACUGGAGACAGGCCACCUCCUAUUAAUGACUUCACUCUAACACCAGUUACUAAUAACACUGCAGAAAUGUUCGGAGGUGCUACUGAUAAUGGAUGGAGUAAUAAACUGUAUAUGAUAAGUUUCACUAAGACAUCAGUGGAUAUAUUAGAAGUACCUAAUCCUAGAGGAUCAGUACAAUGGCCUAAGGGAAGAGGUGCUCAUUCCAGUGUACUUAUUACCACUAGUUCAGGACCACACUUACUAGUGUUGGGUGGAUUUUUUGCCUUUGAUGUAUGGUUACUGGACAUUAUCAAAAGAAAAUGGAAAGAACUGAUUAAUCUACCAGUCAAUGUCAUUAACAGAAACAGGCAUUCUCUCUCAGUGUGGAGUGUGACCCCAACUACUAACUGGAUAAUUGAGUUUGGAGGAGGUACAUCAUACACUGAUACAGCAAGGUCACACAUGCAAUGA